CUCCGGGGAGGCCGAAGGGCGGCUGGUGGAGGGGCGCCGGCGCCGCCCGGGUGCUGGGCGAGGGCAGGGCCCACCACCUGACCGGGGCGAGGGCCCGAAGGUGCCACCUGUGUGGCGCUCAGGGCCGGCGCGGCCGGGCCCGCUGAGCCGGGCACCGAGGGCGACUCGGGGGAGGCGUUGGGGCUCCCAGGGUCACCGGGCCUUGGACAGGGUGCCCUGCGGUGGGCCGUGAAGCUCUGGAGCCGAGCUCCUGGGUCGCUCGGUGCCAGGUUCGGACCGUACCACCCGUGGAGGGCCAUCUGCCUGGGCUAGGCCCUCCCGGCUGGUCGUGGCUCGGAGGGGUCCAGCGUGGAGCCGCGGGCGCUACCACUCCUGCCGGUGGGAGGGAGAGGCUGAGGCCGUUGAGGGUGUGGGGGUGACCCUGCCCGGAGACACCCCCGGGGGCCACCGCGUCCCUGACCGCCACCUCCUCCCCGCCGUGUGGGUUCUAGGCCCUGGUUCUGAGCUUGUUCCGCACCCCUCCCCUGGGAAUGGCGUUGUCCGGGCCGACCCCGGCCCCGAGCUGGGAGGAGGAGGAGUGUUUGGAUUACUACGGCAUGCUGUCGCUUCACCGUAUGUUCGAGGUGGUGGGCGGGCAGCUGACCGAGUGUGAACUGGAGCUCCUGGCCUUCCUGCUGGAUGAGGCACCCGGCGCCCCCGGCGGCCUGGCCCGAGCCCGCAGCGGCCUGGAGCUGCUUCUGGAGCUGGAACGCCGUGGGCAGUGCGACGAGAGCGACCUGCGGCUGCUGAGCCAACUCCUGCGCGUGCUAGCCCGCCACGACCUGCUGCCACACCUGGCGUGUAAUCGGCGCCGGCCAGUGUCCCCUGAGCGCUACAGCUGCGGCAGUUCCAGCCCGUCCUCCAGCAGGGCGGACGACGGUUGCGAGCGUCGGCGACAGUCCCGGCAGAGGCGAUGGGACGCAGGCUCCCCUCCAAGCAAGAGGCAGCGUCGGAGUCGCGGCCGCCCCAGCAGUGGUGCCCGGCGGCGCAGGAGAGCGGGCCCAGCGGCCUUGCGGCAGCCCCAGCAGCAGCAACAGGAGCCGGGCAGGCCCCCAUCAGAAGGCAAAGUGACCUGUGAUGGGAAAACAGGCUCAGAGAGAGACAUCCGGCUCCGAGUCCGGGCGGAGUACUGCGAGCACGGGCCGGCCUUGGAGCAGGGCGUGGCGUCCAGGAGGCCUCAGGCGCUGGCCCGGCAGCUGGAUGUGUUUGGACAGGCCACCGCCGUGCUGCGCUCGAGGGACCUGGGCUCUGUGGUGUGCGACAUCAAGUUCUCGGAGCUCUCCUACCUGGAUGCCUUCUGGGGCGACUACCUGAGCGGCGCCCUGCUGCAGGCCCUGCGGGGCGUCUUCCUGACGGAGGCCCUGCGCGAGGCCGUGGGCCGGGAGGCCGUGCGCCUGCUGGUCAGCGUGGACGAGGCCGACUAUGAGGCCGGCCGCCGCCGCCUGCUGCUCACGGAGGAAGGAGGCGCCCGGCGUGGGGCGGCGGCCUCCUGAUCCUGGGGCUGCAGGACUGACCCGCCUCGGAGCCCAGACUGGCUUUCAGCAGCUCUGGGGGCUGCGUCAGGACUGCAGGUUCCUUGACAGCCUCUGCUGCGGGGUGUGGCUGUUGAGAGCCACGGCUGGCCGCUUCUCAGCCCCGCUGCAGGGAGGACUCCCCCGCCCUGGGGCCGGGCUUGCAGAGCCUCCGCGCGGCUCUGGCCCGGGCUCAUGCUGGCUGGCCCCACACACCUUGGCCUCGGGCUACUCUCUCAGGGUCUGAUUUACUGUCCAUCGAUGAGCUUCGGCCACAGCAGGGUGCUCUGGAGCUGGGGUGCCCUUGGGCCUUGCCACCUCACCCAGUCCUCCACCCUGCCAGGACUCUGCAGUGCACAAGACAUCCGGCUCUCCUCACCUCCCCCUGCUCCCUGACCCAGGUGCAUCAUGUCAGUUCAAAGUCAGAUGUGUGCAGAGCUAGGACCAGAGCCAGCCGCUUUCUCGGGAAGAGAAGGUGAGGACUUAGGUUGAUGCAAAGAUGUUUUACAAACUGCGCCAAUAAAACUGCCUGGAAAGGGCAUAGGUGGCCA